CCAGGAGAAGAAACCAGUGGCAAGGUGGAGCAAGUGUUUCAUGCAAAGGGGCCUCACGUGCAAAUAUAGCCAAAUGCCAAGCAGGAAAUGCAUGUGCGCAAAGUGGGCUGGGGGAACUCUUGAGCCCCUGGGAGGAGCACCGCCAAGGCCCAGCUCCUGUCCCUCUCUGCCAGGGUGCAACAACGUGGGUGCUGUGUUGCCAGAACUGCUGAUGGCUCAGUUGCUCAGGAAGACAGAAAUGUACGCCUGCCAGUGGUGCCCAGAGGAGUUGCUCGGCCUCCCUCGUGUCAGCCAGGACGUAAAAGGGAGACCACCUGGCCUGCGUGCUCAGAAGCAUCAGAAUAUUUGGAAAUGGGCAGACGCUGCCCUUCAAGUUUUGGUGUCUCGGCUCUCCCUGCCCCCACUCCGCUGCUGUGGGGCAGCCUCGGGACUGAAUGCUGUUGGAGGAAAACCAGACAAUCCGGAGUGGGUACCGCCGAGCUCCAGCACCGUCUCCUCUGAAAAGCCCCUUGUCCGCAGUUUGUCUUUCCGGAUGACUCCGUGGACAUGCAUCUUUAGGGAUGCUGCAGUUGGCUAUCACUACAGGCAUCCUGCCUUUCUCCUACCAGGAAAGUCGCAAAGGACAGCCCCCAACACCAAAGAAGUAUUCUGCCCACAGUGCCAGUAUGCCGAGGUUGAGAAACCCUGCAUUAGAGAAUCAGAAGAACCAUCUGUCUUGUUAAAAACAAGCACUACAGCUGACUAGGAAAAAUGUUGACAAGUAAGAUUGGCAUGUGUAAGUCUAACCCAGGAUCUUCUCCACUGAUGCUGUGAGGCUAAGGCUGUGUGUUAGGAAGACACAAUUGGCCUCUCUGUUUCAUCUACAACAAUCAGAUUUCAUUCAGUCAUCUAUGAUAGUUCCAGCGGCCACAACAUUAUACUGUAGCACAUCCCCUGUCACCCUGGCCUCAAACAGAAGCCUGUCCAGUCUGGAUCACUUCAAAUGCCUUGUCACAUCCAUUAUUUCUUUCUUACAAUGCAUCAACCGGAGCUAUACAUUCCCAAAGGUAAUAUUUUCUGUGUGUUUUUGUUCCUCACUCUUCCUAAUAAUUUUGCAAAACUGGUAGGACUUUGGGGGCCAGAGUCUUUGCUGCACACUCUUGCAAUGAACCCCAAGUCCUUUUUCUGGGCCACAACAGCUGGUUUGUAGUGGGCAGCAUCUCACCUUCUAUAGUUUGUACUUUUCCUCCCUGUCAUGCCCUUUUUCUCAGCAAAGUUUAUCUGCCAAGGUUUUGCCCACUCACCCAGCCUCAUUUAUCUCACCCCCGUUGGCUUCUUGUUCAACACCCAGAAGAGCCGGAUGAGCUCUAAACACUUAGAGAUUUCACUGCCCCUUCUAGAUUGUUGGGUGAUCCCACCUAAUUUUGCCCAAUUGACUCAAGCCUCUCAGGAUUGCAGCUCUAAUGUGUCACUGCUAGAAUUUUUCUCUUCCACAGGGAAUAAUUAAAUGAUAAAUUUAGAGGUUGCUUGCUCAUCCCUCCCAAGCAGAAUGAUGGAAUCUCACCUGGAAGCUGUGACAGCCAGGAAAGGCGGAAGAAGGAUGUUUAUCAGACACACAUGAACUCAGCUCCCCAGAAUGUAGCACACAGGUACCUCAUUUCUGAACAAGUAGCAGAAGCCCGAUCCACAGUCACCCCAGGGCUGUGACCGGCUGGAGAUGGGAUAUCUCGAGGUUUACCAGGAGGACCGAAAGCACUCAAAGUAUGUGGACGUCAGAGCAGUGGCUAAGAAAGAGUCCAGGCUGGCUGGGACAUCAUGCAGCUGAGGGCAAGGCAGGCAGCACGUCUGGGAUCCAGGAUGACAGAUAGGAGAUUUAAAACAGGGCACCAUCAGAGCCCUGAAACAAGGCAAGGUUUUAUCAGGAAGGGGAUCUGAGCCCCAGGAGUGAGAGUAGUACAACUGAGCCUGGCUGAAGACAGAUCCUUAUAACAAUAAAGCAGAAGGGAUAACAGAGAGGGAGGGAGGGGGUUCAUGCCUCCUUUGGGGCAAAUAAUUUUCUCUGUAUCCCUGUAACACUAGUACAGGUUCCUAGAAGAUCAGUCAAUUAGCAGGUAAUGUUGAAUAUGUACUCUGUGGGUAUCUUUCCUUGCAUAAAGCUCCCGUAGAACACUAAGCUCAUGAGGUGCUCCAAGAAAAACAUUCUAUGCUCACUAUGAUUUUUGCAAACUGCAAGUCCCUCUUAGAAAUUCACAGUGUACAUUAGCAUUUUAGAAGCUCAAACUCCUGUGAUAUAGAAACCUGUUUUUAAUCCAGUGUUUCUCCAACAGUUGACAACAGGAUCCUUUUGUUACGUGAAAACUAUGAACAUCCUGUGGACACACCUUGAGAGGUAUUGUUCUAAAGCAUUCCUAAUCUGGUGUUCCCAGGCCCUUCGCAACCUGGGCCUGCCCUUGUUUCCCGACUUUACCUUCCUUUAUUUUCCUACAUUCCAGGCACACUGAAUUCUUCCCUUGUACAUGCCCCUAUUUCACAUUUCCUUCUUUUCUCUACAGCAGGUGAUUCAUCAUCUGCCCAAAAAAGGGAAAAAUCACUAAGCCUUACUCACUUCAGCCCCCACCCAUUUCUAGCUAUCCUGUAAGGCUCACCUCAAAGGGGACACUUGAUCCAUCUCUGCCCCAGCCUCCCUGUUACUAUAAACAAUCCAUUUUCUCCUCUGAUCCCUUGUGUCACGCUAUCUAUUGCUUUUAGAGCACUUAGUACCUUUUAAUUUGUGUAUGGCCAUUUAUGCCUUUCUUAUUAGGAGACAAUCCAUGUCUGGUUCAUUUUUAUGUUCCUAGCCCAGAACACAGCUUACUCGUAGGAUUGUCCAAGGGAGCAGGAAGUAAGAAGCCAUGACCUCCAAGGCAGAAGUAUGUUUCCCAACACUCAGGCCAGAUAUGGCAGAUCUCUGGCUCACAGGCUGUGAACUCACACUCACCUGUGGUGAACAGACUCAUCUAUCACCACGCGAUGCCCCUGGGGCCCAGAUGCCACGCCCCCUCCAAAGCCUCUCAACAGUGCUCACAGUAGCCAUAAUCAACGGGUUAGAGUUGGCAUGACAGAGGAAAUCUAGCUGUCAUCCUUGAUUUGGACUUUUCCACGAAGUGAAAGUUAGGAGAAUUUAGCAAGCUGAAUAUUGGAGCUGUUAAUCCUUCAAAGACUGUCCAUAACAGAAAAGAGCAAUUAGCAAAACUAUUCAUUAUACUUUCAUGUUCAAGUCUAGUCUCAAGGCUAAUUAUUUGUAUAAUUAACAUGUUACCAAAUACAAAUAAUUGAUGAGCCUGAUCUCCUGGAAUGGAACACAAGUCUUGUGAAAUGUAAAUAGCUGUGAAUUACUAACAGCUUUCCUUUA